AUGACAAUUCUUAUACUCAUUUCAUUAGCUGCUGCCAUUGUUCAAUCAGAAUAUUAUGCCAAUUACAACGAUCGAUUGGCAAGAGAUUUCAUGCAUUUUGGAAAACGUUCACCAAAUAUAAUAAUACCACAAUUUGAUCGCAAUAUUGCUUCUCUUAAAAGAGGAGAGUUCUCGAGAGAUUUCAUGAAUUUUGGAAAACGUUCCAUUGGUGACGAUUGGUCUGAUAUAACACUAAAAGUUGGUGACAAUCCCGAAUUACUCCACAAGAAAAGCAGCACUUUUGAUAGGGAUUUCAUGAAUUUCGGCAAACGAGCGGUGCCAUUUGAGCGCAAUCUGAUCAAUUCAAACAAAAAAAGUGGCAUUGACAGCGGCGCAUUUGACCGCGAGUUUCUCAGUUUCGGCAAAAGAUAA